UAUAGACAUCCCUAUCUAACUCCAUUAGCCUAAAAAUAGCCACCAUGUCCCGGGCACAGUGUGCAGAUAGACCGCUGUCAGUUGCAUGAGAUGUCAACAAUCGUCAACAACACCAAUGAUUGUAGCUUGAUAAUUAAAAAUAUCCACAAAAAUAAAAGAGCAGGAUUUAUUUUUAAAUUCUGCUCAAGCUUUUCACGGUGAAAUAAAAGACAAAUUGUUGUUCUUCAUGUAAGUAAAAUCAAAAUUGAUCAUGUAGAUAAGUUUUGAAUCAAUUAAACUCAUUAGUCAUAUUUAAUGAAUAUUCCCGAUUAAAGUUGCAUAUUGAAGAAAGCUGAAUUUGGAUGUUUUAUGAUGUUAAGCUUUUUUAGAUUUGACGUACGUUGCUCGGCGUUGGUGUUGGUGUUGGCUACGCUAAACAUGAGCUCUUAGCAUAGGCCUGGGUACUUCAACCACCCAUAUUUGGGUACUGCAAACAUUACUCAUAUUAUGGGUGAAAUGUACUAAGAAAAUUAGUAAAUUUAACUCAUAUUAUUGGUAACAUGACUCUACCCAUAUAUAGGUAAACCAAUUUACCCAUAUUUGGAUGAAAAAAUAAACAUUAGCAUCAAAACCACAACCAAACUAAUAACAAGUUUUGAGGGCGUGUAAUGUAUUUAUAUAAUGUCGGAGUUCGUUCGGUCAGCUGAAAUAAAAAUCAGGAUCAGCUUCAUCCGAACGCAGUGGAAACAAAAAUAUUUGCAGAGGACCACCUGUCCCUGGCCCCGAUCAAAAGGAACAGCAGAAGUCGUGGAACUAUGCAGCUCGAAUCACAAGGUUUUCCGCUGUUGGAAGUUCCGUUUUCGUUCGUGCACCCGCCGGCACUCAAACAAGUGCAGUUCCUACUUUUCACCAAUAGUUAUGACCAGCAGAUCCUCGAAAUCCACUCAUCACGGAAACCGCUGGCCGCGACAGAAACUUUUUCUACCACUAGCAGCUGCCGUCGAUCUACAAGCCAUGGCACCGCUAGCUGGAGUUACUCAGUUGCAGGGCGAUAUUACGAAACUCAGCACGGCGAAUGCAAUCAUCGAACAGCUUGGAAAGAAAGCUCAGCUGGUAAUUUGCGACGGGGCUCCCGAUGUGUCCAGUCUUCACGACAUCGAUGAAUACAUUCAAUCUCAGCUGCUGCUGGCCGCCCUCAACAUCACAACUCACGUCCUGGCCGAGGGGGGUACAUUCAUUGCGCGAUCAAUUUUCCGCGGACAAGACACCACAUGGAAUGAAUUGUCAUCGGGAAUACCUCUCUGA